CUGCUGGGGCGAGCUUAGGAGAGUUUCCCGUGUCUGUUGCGUCACUUUUUGCCCCGUUGCCGUGGCGAAACCGUAAUGUGAUAUGGCAGCCUGCUUUCAGCUGUACAAGAAGAGUACACUUCCUCCACUUCUUGAUAGCUACCUGCCAGUACAUUGCAGGAAUCAGAAUGGCAUAAACCAAGAAAAAAUAGAAACUGUCAACAAAAAGCAGAUGAGGAACAACAAACAGGCUUUGAGUGAUGAGGAGAAAGACGAAAUCAUCAAGCAGGCUCUGGAAAAACAACAUCAUCUUGAAACUUUCAAGAACCUAUACAGGCUGAGAAAAGUCUUGUGUGAACAUUACAAGGCAUUGCUGAAUGAGAGAAUUCAAAAGCAAUGAAUUCAGAUUAAGAUGUCUAAUUUCAGAGUCCAACAUAUUAAGCACAAAGAAAAAAAGUACAUCCACAGUCAUAAAGUGUCCUCUUGCAAAUUGUCUCAUGAUGCCAAGUACCUCGAAACCAUUCCACAAUCAAGUAAUUACCUGAUUAUUGGGUUGCAGAAUGAAUUAACUAAGCUUGGAAUCUUAAAGAACCAGGAAGACUACGAAAACUUUUGGAAACUCACUCAAGAAGUGUGUGCCAUUAAGCCUUUGACUCUCUCCACUUCAGCAAGAACCAAACCAGUAAAACAUCAUAAUGGCUUUACAAACAUUGGCGUGCUGAAAAAAAGCAUGGCAGCAUCUUUACUGCAGUCUGCUGGUACUUGCCAGCUCCCAAGUCAUCAUAUGAGCAAACAGGUGACAACCCAGACAGGAACCAAGGAGAUGUUCCCCAAGCUGUUGUGCUCAUGGCUUUCUGAAGUGCAGAAGAAGCAUGGGGAGCAACCAUCGAGGACUCAGCAGGUGAGCAAACCGUGCAAAAGAAACAGGAGAUAUAAACAGCAUCUUCAUUACUUGCACCACAUGCAUUAUUUUUCCCUUGUUAAUAUGGUAUCAUCCAAAAGGAUGCUUGAAAAAAAUGGCCAGUUUUCAGGUGUCAGAACAGAGCAGAGUGUCCAUGAUCUGAUGGAAUAUCUGUUUCCAAAUCGGCAUGAACAAUCUGGGAUGAAUCACAACAUAAAAAUAAUGGAAGAGAACACAUUUCCAUCCUUAGUAGGCAGUAAGCAGCAGGAGAUGAAUCAUAAGGUCUCCUCCAAAAUGUACAAAGGUUCAAAGGAAAAGAAAGGGAUGUUGAAGCAACAUACAAAUAAAGUUGUUGGUGAAAGAGCUGAAGAUGAAAAAUGCAAUGUAACUACCUUUGCCCAACAAGAAAUUAUUACUGUGCCUUUAACUCUGGAAGAUGCAUCCCUCUACCAUCCAGUUGUGGAAGUUAAGCCCAGAGGCACGGACUGUAAAAACUAUCCUGAUAAGGACUCUAUCAAUGGAAAAAGUAUUAACUACAAGAGGAGCUAAUGAAGCAGUUUCACAGAUGACUGUCAUUAAAGUUGCCAAUUAAUAUAAAAAACAAUCAUAGUGUAUUAUCUUUUUAUGAGGGUCAUACAAGAGGUACAAAAUAAUGAGCAAGUUUUCCAGAACUCUUUCCAGACUGAAUGUUCAAAAUUUUUAAAGGGAAAAUAAAUAGUACAAGAAAUCAAAAUAUUGCAGGAGCAAGUAAGAGCAAUGGAAAAUAAAGAAUUAGAAUGGAAAUUGAGGACAUUGCAGCAAAAAUCAUUUGAAGGAGCGAAUAAGCCUGGAAGGUAUCUAGCCUGGCAAUUAAAGAAAAAAAGAGAAAAGAAAAUAAUUAGUAGAAUAAUUGAAGAAGGGGAAGAAAUUAACACUACAGAAUCAAACGAGUGUUUUAUAAAUAUGCAAAAUUAUUUCAAAGAAAAGCAAUACCACAAGAGAAUAUAGAUCAAUAUUUGUAGAGAAUAGAUUUACCAACCAUAUCAACUAGCAUGAAAGGGAAACUGAAUGCUCCAAUAACAGAUGAAGAAAUUGAACAAGCUAUAGAUGCAGCAAAGACUGGUAAGGCACCUGGGCUGGAUGGGAUUACAGCGAAGUUUUAUAAAGUAAUGAAGAAAGACCUAGCUCCAGCUUUAAGAGUUGUAAUGAAUGAUAUACUGAAAGGAGAGGGUCUUCCAGAUACAUGGAAUGAGGCAAAUAUUACUGUGAUACCAAAAGAGUCACAGGAACUGACUGAUGUUAAAAACUACAGACCAAUUUCGCUAAUAAACAAUGAUUAUAAAAUAUUGGCAAGAAUACUAGCAGAAAGACUUAAAAUAUGGUUAAUGGAUUUUGAGGAGACGAUCAGGCAGGGUUUUUACUGAACAGACAAUUAAAAGACAAUCUGAGGGUGGUUAUAAAUGCCAUUGAAUAUUAUGACAAGCAUCCAGAUAAAGAAGUUGGGUUAUUUUUGUGGAUGCAGAGAAAGCCUUUGACAACUUGAAUUGGGAUUUUAUGUUUGCAUCGAUGGAAAAGAUGGAUCUAGGCAAAGAAUUUAUAGAAGCUGUAAAAACAAUCUAUAAGAACCAAAGAGCAGCAAUCUGUGUUAAUGAUGACCUGACAGAGAAAUUUGAAAUAAGGAAAGGAACAAGACAAGGUUGUACACUGUCGCUGCUGUUAUUUGUAAUGGUCUUAGAAAUACUAUUGAGGCAGAUAAGAGAAGAUGAGAAUAUAAAAGGGAUUAAAUUAAAGGGGUCUUCAUACAAGUUAAGAGCAUUUGCAGAUGAUGUGAUGUUUAUAGUUGAAGACCCAGUACAAAUUCUGCCAAGAUUGCUAGAUAAGAUCAAAGAGUUUGGAGAUUUAGCAGGCUUUUAUAUAAAUAAAAAGAAGUCGAAAAUAAUAACAAAAAAUAAGAUGAAGAAGAAGCAACAAGAACUGAUGGAAGUAACAGAUUGUGAAGUGGUACAAAAAACAAAGUAUUUGGGAAUAGAGCUGACAGUAAAAAUAUUGAUUUGUUUAAAAACAACUAUGAAAAGCUCUGGACUCAAAUUGAAAAAGAUAUGAUAAAAUGGAACACAUUGAAUUUAUCAUGGUUAGGUUGGAUUGCUACAAUCAAAAUGAAUGUGCUACCCAGAGUUAUGUUUUUGAUGCAAACGAUACCAAUUGUUAAGGACAAAAGACAGUUUGAAAAAUGGCAGAGGAAAAUAUCAGAAUUCGUGUGGGCAGGAAGGAAACCUAGAGUCAAAAUGAAAGUGCUUUGUGACGCAAGAGAGAGAGGUGUCAUGCAAUUACCUGAUUUUUGACUGUACCACGAAGCAAUAUGUUUGGUAUGGCUAAAAGAAUGGGUGUCUUUAUCCAAUCAUAAGUUGUUAAAUUUGGAAGGCUAUAACAAACUUUUUGGAUGGCAUGCAUACUUAUGGUAUGACAAGUAUAAAAUGGACGCAAUGUUCCAACAUCAUUACUUGAGAAGAAAUCUAUUGUCAACUUGAUUAAACUACAAAAAAAUUAUAGAGCAAGAGAAACCAAUGUGGAUUAUUCCAGCAGAAGUAAUUAACCCGAAUUUGGAAUAUAAAGGAGAUGAAUGGCUUACUUAUAAAGAAUUAUUAGAAACCGAAAACAAUGAGAUGAAACUUAAAUCGAAUGAUGAAUUACUAUUUAAAUACGGUUGGCUGCAAUAUCGACAAAUUAAAAACUUAUUUGAACCAGAUCAACGGAAGGCAGGUUUUAGGAAUAAAAACUCAGAAUUAGAAGAACUUUUAUUGGGGGAUAAUAAUAAAAUAAUUUCUAAAAUGUAUAAAUUAUUGUUAAAAUGGUAUACUGAAGAUGAGAUGAUUAAGGUUCAAAUGGUAAAAUGGGCAAUAAAUUGUAAUAAUGAGAUUAUGAUGGAUGCAUGGGAACAGUUGUGGAAAAAUACUCUAAAAAUUUCAACUUGUACCAGUAUCAAAGAGAAUGGCUAUAAAAUGAUAUAUAGAUGGUAUUUAACACUGAAAAAGUUAGCCAUUGCCAACAAGCAGUUAUCCAACAGGUGUUGGAAAUGUAAAGAGCAUGAAGGUUCUCUAUUUCAUAUGUGGUGGACUUGUGAUAAGGCUAGAGACUUCUGGUCUAAAAUAUGUACUGAAAUGUCUUUAAUACUCCAAAAUAAUGUAGUUAAGAAUCCAGAAAUGUUAUUGUUAUCCUUACAUUUAGAGGACAUUGAUAGAAGAGAUAGAGUAAUACUGUACUAUAUGAUAACGGCAGCAAGAACGUUGUAUGCACAAUAUUGGAAGAAAGAAGGAAUACCGAAAACUGAAGAGUGGAUACAAAAAGUGUUAUAUAUGGCGGAAAUGGACAAAUUAACAAGGAAAUUGAGAGAGCAAGAUCCAAAGGAAUUUUUUGAGCACUGGGGGAAAUUGAAAAAAUACUUAGAAAAAAGAUGGGAUGUUAAAGGACAAUUAUGGUCUUUUGAGUAUUAUUAAGUAAGAUAAGAUAUAAUGUAAAUCUUUACCAUUAAGUUUAAAAUGACAACUAAGAGAUAGUAUUUGUAACAAGAAAGGGGGGUUGAAGUGCUGUUGGAAGUCAAUAGAGGAAAGGGGGAGGGGAGGGGGUGGGGAGCAUAUACUAUAUAUAUAAGGGAUAAUUGGUAAGUAAGAUGUAAUAACAUUAUGUAUGUUAUGUUAACCAUCCAAUAAAUUUUUUUAAAAAAAAUUAAAGGGAAGAGGAACAGAAAAAUAUAUUCCUCUUCUUGAUAAAGCAAUGCUGGGAGCUAUGAUAUUUUGGUUGGUCUUAAUAAAAGGUAUUGUUUUAUUACAAUAACAACCUUUGUUUUCUACAUGAGAGUAUAAAUUUUGCCUUGGUGAACAGCUAUUAGGACAUUAUUUCCUGUCUAACAAAACACUGUUCUUAAUUAAAAUGAUGCAUUCCCA